AUGGAAUCUAAAAGCGACUGUGCAACUGAAGGUGUGCAUAACCCUCACUAUUUUGACGGCAAGUAUGUAAGUUGAUCUUCACUUCUGUUCGAAAGAUUUGAAAACAUUGGUUAAUUGAUUUUAGUGGUAUAAUCACAUCUAUUUCACGCACUGUUGGGUUCUUUAUCGUCAGACCAUUUGAAGACCCCGCAUGGAUUGGUGUCAAUCUAUUGGCCUAUACCAUUGCUGAGCCUGGGACAUACUUUCUGGCGGCCUGUUUCCCAACAUAUCGUCCACUGAUAGCAUAUUUCAACGGCCAGCGUUUUCGCGCGGCUUUCAGCGCUCGUUAUUGGACUGGCUCAAGGAAGUAUGGAAACAUAACCAAGAAUGGGGGAGAGAACAGUCAUGGGAAUUCCAAGCAGACAGUACCUGGAUUAACACCGGAGGCAGCCGUCUAUCAAGAUGCAAUUGCGUUAGUGGAAGUGGCAAGAGCAGUUUGAAUAAAUGAUUAUUGGAUACUGUACCUUUGCUGUCGACCCAUCUACCUUUCAGGCGUGAGUUUUAUUCUAUCUGGUGGAAUCGGAGAGUAAUACAUACUGAUAUUAGCUUCGUCAGGCAAUAAUAUACUGGAAUGAGGAUUGAUUGUGUAGAUAUAACUGCGGAGGUGAAGCAAAUCUUAGCAUUCAAAUCAAAUUUGGGGCUCUUUUUUGCAGUACAUUUCUUAUAUGAUCAUCAGAUUUAUUCGCUGGUACGGUUUUUGGUGGGUUCAUUGUCCCCUCCACAACACCUAUUUCUCAAUCAACCGCUAUUAAUCCAUCUCAGAGCACAUCACCUUUUACUUCUGGACCCGAAUGAGGUAUUUUACCACGGACACCGAGCGCCAUCUUUGACGGGUUUCUUCAGUAGCAGUCGAGGGAAAAUUGGUGCAAAUGAUAAGAAUCACAUUUAUUGGACUCACCUCUAUUGAAUCAAAAAUUGCCCUCAUAAUCGGGUAGUCUUGCUUGCUUUUUAUACUGGUCGAAUAUUGCAUGUUUCCUCUUGCGAUAAUUAUAACUUACCUCUUCUCGAAGCGUCUUAUGGCUCACUGGAUUUGCCUGUCGCCGCAUACGAGACUAUACAAAUUUCUUGAUUCAUGCCACACUUCUGAUAAUAUAGCUUACCCAAAG